CUCCUGCCGCCCCGGCUAGCGGCUGUCCUCCGGCCGGGCUGCGGCAUGCACUGAGCAAUGCACUCGGGGAACGGCACGGGGGCGACGAGCCGCCCGCAGCUCGCGGCGGCGGGGCACGAGGUGCCGGGCGAGCGUCCGCUCUUCAGCGCCGGCACCUACGAGCUGCUGGCGCUGCUCAUCGCCACCAUCGGCACGCUGGGCGUGUGCAACAACUUGCUGGUGCUGGUGCUCUACUACAAGUUCAAGCGGCUCCGCACGCCCACCAACCUGUUCCUCGUCAACAUCAGCCUCAGCGACCUGCUGGUGUCCGUCUGCGGCGUCAGCCUCACCUUCAUGUCCUGCCUGCGGAGCCGCUGGGUGUGGGACGCCGCCGGCUGCGUCUGGGACGGCUUCAGCAACAGCCUCUUCGGGAUCGUUUCAAUUAUGACUCUCACUGUUCUUGCCUAUGAACGCUACAUUCGAGUAGUCCAUGCAAAAGUGAUUGACUUCUCUUGGUCUUGGCGGGCUAUCACAUACAUUUGGCUUUAUUCGUUAGCCUGGACAGGAGCACCUCUUUUGGGCUGGAACAGAUACACACUGGAAAUUCAUGGAUUAGGUUGCUCAAUGGACUGGAAGUCAAAAGAUCCCAAUGAUACCUCCUUUGUGCUACUUUUCUUCCUUGGCUGUCUGGUAGCACCUGUUGUGAUCAUGGCCUAUUGCUACGGCCAUAUCUUAUACGCAGUAAGAAUGCUUCGAUGUGUGGAAGAUUUUCAGACUUCUCAAGUGAUUAAACUUCUAAAAUAUGAAAAGAAAGUGGCUAAAAUGUGUUUCUUAAUGAUCUCUACCUUCCUUAUUUGUUGGAUGCCUUAUGCAGUCGUCUCCCUCCUAGUAACAUAUGGCUAUAGCAACCUUGUAACUCCCACAGUAGCUAUAAUCCCAUCUUUCUUUGCCAAAUCAAGUACUGCUUAUAAUCCAGUCAUCUACAUCUUCAUGAGUAGAAAGUUUCGACAAUGCCUUUUGCAACUCCUGUGCUUUCGCCUGAUGAGAUUCCAGAGGAUCAUGAAAGAGCCCUCAGGAGCAGGGAAUGUCAAACCGAUACGACCAAUAGUAAUGUCUCAGAAAGUAGGGGACAGGCCAAAGAAGAAAGUGACAUUCAGCUCUUCCUCCAUCAUUUUUAUUAUCGCCAGUGAUGACACUCAGCAAAUAGAUGACAACAGCAAACACAAUGGGACAAAAGUAAAUGUCAUCCAAGUAAAACCACUAUAGGGAUGAGCUACAGAGACAUUAGAAUCUGAUGCACUCCAGUCAGUGACUGUUUGAGCUGAAGACUGGUUUCAGUUAUAGUGCCUGUGGUCUGCCAAAGGAAUUCGUAUUAAACUGUGAAGUACUGAAGGAAUUCUGCAUUGGAAGCUCUGUAGGCAGUUCAGUUUUGGUCACAAUAUAGAAAUCUUCACAUCUGUGCCAAACUUGAUUAAUGUUUUUAUUCUGAAAUUUCUUAAAGCAUAUCAUAGUGUAUGUAAUGGAUUGUACUCUACCUGGAAGCCAGUAAAGAGAGGAGUCCUGCUGGGGUCUGUGCUGGCACCUGUCCAUCUUUGUCAAUGACCUGGAGAGGUGACAAGUGCAUUCUUAUCAGUUUUGAAGAUAACACUAACCUGGACAUGAGCAAUCUCUAGGCUCAAGGACGGGAUUGUUAGACCCGCCUCAUUAGAUCACAUCUACACUGCAUCCAAUUUUGGAACUUCCAAUACAAGAAAGACACCUGUAUGCUGCAGUGAAUUUAUUGGGCCUGCCAAAAUUGUCAGGUUUGGAGCACUUGGCCUGUGAGGAGAGGCUGGAGCCAGUUGCAUGGGAGAAGCCUGGAGAGAAGAAGUCUUCAGGGGAAUGUAAUAGCAACCUUCCAAUAGUGACGAAACAGUUUUCAAGAAGAUGGAACCAGGCUGUUCAGGGUGAUGCAUGCUGAAAGGAUGAGAGAUGAGCACGAACAGAAAGGAUGAGAUUCAGAUAGGAUAUAAAGAAAAUCUUUUUAACUCUGAGGACAGCUAAGCAAUGGAACAGGUUAGAAUAGAGAAUUCCUAAGGUUCCUUCAACCUGAGUUAUCCUGUGAUUCCCUAAACUGCCAGCACUUCCAGUGCACAGAGCUCUUAGGAAUGAGGGGGAAAUAUUUGAAAUUGGCUGGGGUUUAGUUUGUCUUACUUGAUGCUUUGCAGGGAAGAAAAAAAAAAAAGUGACAUCCACAAUGAUUGGGGCAGUGCUUAAACCAAAAGCCUCCUAAAGGCCGUCCAUGUCUACUCAGUAAGCCAUUCUCUUCUUGCUCCCUGGUGGAACUCCUGAGCUGUGUUGUGUGAUAAAGUCAUACAAAUCAAAGCUCCACUGAAAAACGGUCAGUGAAAAAGGAUAAUCAGGGUUGUUUUGGUUUUGCUUGUUUGUUUGUUUAAGUAUGUACUUUAUGCAUCUUUACCCCACAUCCAUUUAUUAUACAUGUUUAACAGGAGCCUUGUGCUAUAUUAAUACUAACCUGCUCUGGCACUUUGGCAAGAGUAGUGGCUAAAGAAGAGCAGGGGAACUUUUGCCUACAUUGUUGUGUGAGUAAUGAUUGUCCUAUUUAUUGUUCAGUAAACAGAACAGAAACAGGUUUUUCUCACCUUUGUAAAUGUUGAUCGUACCAAAUGACAAUGGCAUUCUGCUCUGGACAGGGCUGCCUGUCAUGUUGGAUGAAUGUUUGAAAACUAAUUUUGAGUUAUGGGAGCUGAUUCUCCAUCACAUCCAUUACGCUGAUGUGAUUUAUUUGCUUCAGUCUAAUAAGUGGGCAGUGUGGAUCUGCAACAUGCAGCUUUUCCAUCUUGGUAAAAACUGUGACAGAAGCUAUUAAGUAACUACUUGCUUCCUCUAGAGGUAAAUCUUUGAGAGGUAUAAGGGCAGUGUGAAGAAUAACUGCCAGGACCAGGAGCCAUUGAUCUCAUGGUCAAGAAUAAAACUUCAAAUAAAGGAAAAUCAGACCCCAAAUACAGAACCUUUUGGCCCCAGUCAUUGAGGAUGUCACAGUAUUCCUGGGAGUAGAGAUUGAUGCCCUCAACUCAAAAUACAUGUUUGUGCAUGUGCUUUUGAAGAGGCACAUCACUUAUACAUGUGCCCCUCUAGAACAUGAGCACUGGCAUUAUAUUUAGAAGUACUUCUAGUGUGCGCUCUGUUUUCUAGAUUAAAUCACAGGCUAAGAGAAAACAUGAUAACUACUCAUUUCUUUCAUGUUAUUUUUGUUUUGCUAUAAAUGCAUAGAGAAAUUGUCUUAGGAUGUCAGGGGUUUGCCCUUACAAAAAGCAUGCUUGUUUCAAUGUCAGCAACUUUGUUUUCAGCCAGUGAUCACUAUAUCUAUGCACUUUUAUAUUUACAAAAAGAGAAAGAUGUACCCUAGCAUUGCAUACAGUGAUUCCAUCCUUUUAACAAAAUGUUUGAUAUUUUAGUGUUUAUGUAUAUUGAGCCUUCAAUAAGUGAUUAAAUUUAUCUUAUUUAUAUUAAUGUGUUCUCAGUGAAAUAUUUUUUCCCACAGAGAGAAAGAUGGUUUGAUAUCACCACCUGUUGGAGGCAGCUUAAAGGGUAUCGUUAGGCACUGAAAAAAAAUAACAUUUCAAGAUUGCAGUUGAUAUUUUGUAGAACAAAUACAAAUUUGGCAUAAGGAGAAACUGUUCAGAUUUCCGAAGGUAAAAUUUAAGUAAUUCAGAACCACCAUACUUGGAAUUUUUAAUAAUUCAUGGAAGAUACGAUAUUUACUGUGACAAUACCCUGAACAAUUAAAGUUACAUUACAGUAUAGGAAAGCUAAUCAAUUGAAACUGUUGUAAAUUUGUUAUUUUGACUACUUCAUGUAAAUUGGUGGCCUAAAAUGAUAGAAUUUGUAAACUGUUUAAAGUAACUUGUUCUUGCAGCUCUGUAAAAUGUCAGUAGCUUUACAAGUGCUGCUAUGUGCAGUUGGCAUGCUGUGGUCCCAUUUACUCAUAUUUUAAGUGCAACUGUUUUCUGUGAGUAUAUGCAGCACUGACACAAAAUUCACACUCUGCUGCAGAAUUUAUGUAUUGUAAUGUUUGAUCUUGGGAGCAUCACCAGACUUAUUAUGACUAACAUUUUACAGAUUUGUUAUCAUUUCUUAAUUUCAAAUCUUUUUUUGGUCUGUUCUGAGGAUGAGUCAUAAAUGGCUAGUUCAUUCCAGCAGAGAUGCAGAGACUUUUUUCUCCCAUUCCAGGGAACAGAAGAGGAAGAGACAGCACUGAGAUUUGGAUCAUUAGCUGUACCUAAAGUAACAGAAACGCAAAGAAAGAGGAGAAGAGGAGAAGGGAGAAGAGGAAGUAUGGACCAAAAAAAAAAAAAAAAAAAAAAAAAAGGAAGGGAAGAGAAGAGAAGGAUA